AUGUCUGAUGGAGGAAGAAGAGUGAAAUCAAAGUCCACAAUUAAGAGAAAACCAAUAAUUCGCAAGAAAGAAACCGUGCUAUCACCGCCACCAGAAUUGCCUAAUCAUGUUAAUAACAUGAUCAAAGUGUUGAAUGGUAGUGAUAUUAAAUAUAUCAUGUGCAAGGAAUUGUAUAAAACUGAUCUCAACCCUAACAACAAUCGUCUUUCAAUGCCAAUUUCACAAAUCAAGUCUGAUUUUCUCACAGAAAUAGAAAAAACAUCCUUGAAAACAAGGGAUCAAGAAGGAAAAUCGUUUGGUUUAAAAGUGACUGUGCUAGAUACUUGUUUUAACGAGUUCUCACUGUCUUUGAAGAAGUGGGACAUGACGAGUACUAGUAUUUAUAAUCUUCAUCCUGGUUGGACACCUGUUUUGUUGAAAAAUAAUUUUAAAGAGCAUCAAAAACUUGACAUUUGGUCAUUUAGAGUUAACGGCAAGUUGCACCUUUUACUCAACGAUAACGAGUCACAAGAAAUUGAAAAAGGUAAAGAGCUGAAGAAUUCAACCGCGGUUUCGAAAACGGAAGAAUAA